UCGCCAUGUUUGCCUUGAGGAACACGUAACUAGAUAGUUCUCCUGAAACAUGGCUGAAUAUCGGUCCGCUGUUGUAGUGAAAUUUUGCGUAAAGGAGAGUAACUGAAGAGGAAAUAAUAAUAUAUUUUGUGAUCAAAAAAGCGCGUGUGCCUCGUUAAAAGCAAUGACUUCGAUACACUUCGUGGUGCAUCCGUUGCCAGGCACGGACGAUCAACUCAACGAUAGACUGAAAGAAGUGGCAGAGAAAAUCAACAGAUAUGGGUUUAUUACACCACCGGCGCUCAGCGGACUUAAAACCUCCGUUAAGCGUAUUGUCGUUGGACCUUCUCACAUUGCGCUGUUAAUGGAAGAUAGUAGGAUCUGUCGUGUGGCUUUUACGGUCCUCUCGGAUAGAUUGGAUCUUAGCAAGAAUGAGCCCAACAGAAACCCUCCGAAAAAUCACGUGGGUAAUACGAACGCUGCGCCAAGCGGAAGUGGCGGGAGUGGAGGUGGAAGUAGAACGAAUAUGGCACGUUCUCGGGCUAGAAUAAUGAGGAGCAGUUCAGCGAUUCGAGGUGGCAGUAGCGGAGGAGGAACCAGUGGAAGUGGUCGCAUUGGGCCACCGGGAGUGAUAAUGGGCGGAGGGAGCAGUAGUUCUCGUCCUUUAGUUUCGGUGCCAGCUCCUUUCGUUCCGGAAGAUCUUAUAAUACAGGCUCAAGUCGUUCUUCAGGGCAAAAGUCGUGCUCUAAUCAUUAGAGAAUUACAGAGAACAAAUCUUGAUGUCAACUUGGCGGUCAACAAUCUUUUAUCUCGAGAUGACGAGGAAGGUGACGACGCGGAAGAUGCCGCAGAUAGUUAUGUUCCCGAAGAUUUGAUAUCACUUCUCGACGGUGGUUUUAGCAACGAGCAUUCCGUUAUUAUCGAUGCUGACUCUAUGUUUUCAGAGGAUAUGUUCGGUUAUGGGGGAAUGAGAAACCGUGGAAAUUCCUCUCGAAGACUUGGAAUCGAACGCGACGGUGAGCGCAACGAACGCGAGGGACACCGUGACAGUUUUAGCAGAUGGAGAGAUCGCCAGUAUUACGGGCCGCGUAGAUGGCUUGAGACUGCGCUCAAGGAUUGCUUGGAGAAAGACCCAGAUAACAAAAAGAAAGAAUUAGCAUCUCAAAGUCCUUUGUGGAUAUCGGAAGAGCUUGAAUGGUGGCAUGAGAGAAGCGGCGAGCCAGCGCCUCGGUUCGUGCAAAUCGCUGCUCUUUAUAGCGAACUAAUAGCUGUAUCGAGUACCGGUCAGCUCUAUCAAUGGAGGUGGGCAGAUCCAGAGCCCUACAAACAUUCGGAAAAUCCCAAUGUACACCAUCCGAAAACUAUACCACUGGCCUUGACCGGUGAAAAGGUUGUGAAUAUAUCAGCAACGGCGAUCCGUUGUUCGGUGAGCACGGAGAGCGGAAAAGUCGCUACGUGGCUCGAUGAGUUACUCGGCCACGUUGCCUCGAGGCUCGAACAUCCCGCUCAAGCUUUCACAGAGUUUACUUUAGACAAGAUUGUGUCUUUGCACACUUGCGCUUUGUACACCGUCGCUAAAUUAGAGAGCGGCACGCUCUAUUGGUGGGGUGUUUUGCCAUUCGCUCAGCGGAAAAAGCUGUGGGACAAGUAUAAAGCGAAAUCACGCAAACACAGACCCUCGACCGUCGUCUCAACGGAUAUAAGCUACGGCACGCAUGUGUGCAUGAAAAACAGUCCAAUGUACCAACCAGGAGCGAUUGGAUUCACCAUUGCCAACGGAGUCCCCAAAGUUGGACAAUUACUCUCAGCUGCAUGGAACCUCGAUUCUACUUACCGUUUCAAAAUUUUGCCCGCUGGUUCUCUUCACACGGGUGGAUCGUUCGACAAGCGCGAGUCAAACGGAAAUGCGAGUGCCAGCGGUAGCAGCAAAUCUAACCACAAAGAGACUGCGGAUCGUUUGGACAUGCCACCACCACCAUCGCCAGCUUCAAGUACAUGCAGCGAUACCGGAAGCAUCACCACCAGUCACAAACGUCAGAAACGCAUGGCACCGAGAAGCGAUGGCGAGCCUGAGAGAAAAGAUGAGGAAGAGUGGCAAUUGAAAGAUGUUGUCUUUGUCGAGGACGUCAAGACCGUUCCGAUCGGCAAAGUUAUCAAAGUCGACGGUUGUUACGUCGCUGUGAAAUUCUUCUCCAAGGACUCCAAGGAAAAGGAAAAAGAAUCAAAAGAGAAAGAUUUCAGUACAUCUGACUUUAAGGAUGUAACUGCCGAAGAUAUGAUCAAGUUGCUCGCAGAUUGCAGACUUUUGCGCAAAGACGAGCUCCAGGUCAUUAAAUCUUCUAUGAAUCCACGGGCUCCGGAUUGUUUCCAACGUACCCCUAGAAGGGUAAACAUCGUCGAGGGCGUAACGGAUAGUCUGCUGACGGUUUCCACCGAUGGGCAAGGUAUCCACGCGAUUCUGAAAAACGGUAACAAGUUGAGUUACGUCGUGUACAAUCUUAGCACCGGAAGAUACGUUCAAGAUUGUUACAUACCAUCGGACAUACCUUCAUUCUUGGGUCUUCAGCCCCAGAACAUUAGUCUCACAAGUGCUGGCGGGAAUACCGAAUGCUCCAUGAUAUUACGCGACGGAAAUGGAACUAUUUACCCGAUAGCAAAAGAUUGCGCGGACUCGAUUCGCGAACCGAAUUGGCUCGACCUCGCGCCUGUUUUGUGUAUCGGUGCUUCGACAAUCCCUAUACCGAGCUGUUUCAAUUCGAGUAAUCUCAAGAACAAAGUCGCUGUUAUUGCUCUCGUUUUUGACAAUCUGAUGCUCAUGCCGCGUAUACUGAGAUGCGAUUAUGACGGUGUGAAGCAAGUGUUCCUCAACUUGGAACACGAUCAAAAAGGAAAUAUGGCUCAAAUACAAUCUGUUCUCGCUGAGCGAUGUGACGGAAAUCGAAACAUUUUGCACGCCUGCGUAAAUAUGUGCUCACCAUCGUCAAACAAGGAUAACGAGCAGAACAUCGAGCGUGAAUUAAUGACUGGUGCCGUUGACGGCAGUGUUACACCGAUGGAAGAGCCAAUCGCACCCUUGAGUUGGCCACCGGAGCUCGAUAACACAUCCGGGGAAGAAGACAGUCUUUUGAGUAUCGGAGCAGCGAGUAUUUCUAUGAUGAAUAAAUCUGGCACAGGCUCGUCGUCGAAUAACACAUACGUUAUAGACUCUACUGAGCGCAGGAACAACGCAUUGCUCGUGCUGAAAUACAUGUGCGAAAACGCGGUCUUGGCCCCGCAUUUGAAAGAGUUGCUCACUGCACGAGAUGCUCAAGGCCAAACGCCUCUAAUGCUCGCAGUUUCCGUUCGAGCCUAUCACGCGGCUCUUAUUCUACUGGACACGAUUCAACGCGUUGGAAGAGACGGAAAAGAUUGCUCGGUUAUGAUUCUUCCGCCGGACGCUAGUCCUGAUUUAUCGCCUCUCUUCGUAACGUGCUGCAACGAUACUUGCAGCUUCACGUGGACCGGCGCGGAGCACAUUCAUCAAGACAUUUUCGAGUGCCGCACCUGCGGACUCACUGGAUCUCUGUGCUGCUGCACCGAAUGCGCACGCGUAUGCCAUCGGGGUCACGACUGUAAGGUGAAAAAAACCUCCCCAACGGCCUAUUGCGAUUGCUGGGAAAAAUGCAAAUGUCGUGCCCUCAUUGUCGGCCAUCAAGGUGCACGAUAUGAUUUGCUGUGCCGCCUGGUAACCAAUACUGACUUGGCCACGAAAAUCAAUUCUAGAGGCGAAUGCAUUCUGUUAUUCCUCGUACAAACUGUCGGAAGACAAUCGGUCGAACAGCGACAAUUUCGAUCAGCUCCGCGACAGCGUUCAACCUCUGCAAACAGAAAAACCCCUUCGUCCGAUGGCUUGGUCGCUGAAUCCGAUAUGCCCGAUCACGAUCUCGAACCUCCGCGCUUCAGUAGACGAGCUCUUGAGCGUUUAUUGAACGAUUGGCCGGCUGUACAGUGCAUGAUUAUGUCGGGUGUUACUGAAAAUGGCAACGAUCAGUUGUUCGGCGAUCAAACACAAUCUUGCCGACAAAGCGGUACAGCCCUUCUUGACAAAUUUACGCACUCGUUGCUCGUCAAAUGCAGCUCUGAGAUGCUCGAUACAUUGCUUACGACUUUAAUUCGAGAACUUCAAAACGAGUCGGUUCCCGGACGCCAAGAAGAAGCCAACAACGUAGCUCGUCGUUUUGUACGAUCAGUGGCUAGAAUAUUCGUCAUUUUCACUAUCGAAAUGGCACCAAACACCGCGAAAAGAAGAAGAAGCUUUAACACACUUCACAGCACGAGCCAAGCUUCCCAGCCGUUGAUAAAAUGUCGUCGAGUAUUUCAAGCUUUGAUAAAGCUUGCGGUGGAAGAAUUAUGCGAGACCGCGGAUUCUCUGAUCGCGCCAGUGAGAUUAGGAGUUGCAAGACCAACGGCGCCUUUUACGUUGACUAGUUCAGCGAUGGAAGUCAUAAACGGCUCCGAGGAAUUAUUCUCUAUUGAACCGUUGAUACCGCACAGCGGGGUCAGCUCACAGACACUUGAAGCUGGGCUUCAGCCGCAGCAGGGAAACAAUAAUAUCGUGAUAGCUCGAGAUGCAACCGCGAUGGAUGAGACCGAAGGUGGUGAAGAAGUCCCGAUGGAUAUGGACGGCGACAUAAGCGAGCACGAAGAAUCCGGAGUCGCCGGUGCUCCAGUGAAUCACCCUCUUGGGGAAGUCGAUGGUAACGCAGGCGUAGCCGGUGAAGAACAACCUGUAGACGGUGAAUCCGACACCGAACUCGAUCUUCUCGCCGAGGCCGAAACCGAAUCAGAUUCUGACGAUAAUCACAGCAAUCAAGACGCUGCCUCGGCUCAACGUAGCGUUCAGACCGGAGCUACCGCGGGUUCCGACGGUGGAAUGGGCUCGAUCCUUCUUUUCCCUGAGGACGAAUCCGGGGAAUCGAGUCAACAGGAAGAUGACGACAGCGAAGCUGGCGAAACCGAUGAACAGGACAACGAAGAAUUCCAGAUUGGCGACGAACAGUUGGAACGCAGAAGAUUCGUUUCAUUUCGUUCCAGUGGCUCCACCGGGCAUCUCCACCGUAAUAAUCUUGCCCCAAUCUCGAUGCAAUGGGCCAUCAGAAAUCGCGAGGCCAUAACCCGCACUUCAGGCUUACGCGUCGGCGGCGGUGGGAAUCACGCAGUUUUCAUCGACUCCUCUGCUCUCAGACGUACAACCGCUACUUCGGCCGUUGCCGCUGCGCAAGAACUCAUCACAAUGGGCACUACCGCGAGCUGUCUCGCGCGUGCUUUUGGAAUUGUCGUACGACAAAUUGCCGAUCUUUUGACAAUGAUGCACGAUUACAAAACUCACGCACCCAAUUUACCGAGGCUCAUGGAGAUCACUUAUCAGGAUGCUGUAAGCUUGCAGAUGUACCUCGAAGGACACUUGAAACCUACCUGGGACUGGCUGCUGACCGUGAUGGACGCAACUGAGGCACAGUUGAGAUUCGGAGUUUCUCUGACCCGCAGCGCUGAUCCAACGCAUCCGGAACAUCCGUUGAACAAUGCUCCCUCGUUGUCGGGUGGAAAUUUCUCGGGACUGCUGAAUUCGGCAGCUCUCUCGCUGACAUUACAGGGUAACACAGGUCGGAAUCAACGCAGUGGUAUUACUGCAACAUCCAAUAUCUCCACGACUCAAGGUUCAACGCGACUCACCGUUGGUUUUACAGGCGUAGGCGAGCCACCACGGAGCAGCAGAGAGCGCGAAGGAGCAGGUGAAGCGCAUUCGGCCCGUCGUGAAUUCUUGUCCUACUGUCUUUCGUUGAUGCGGGCCCAUAACGGCGAGCAUCGCGACAGCUUACCGGUUCUCGACGUCUCCGCUCUUCGUCACGUUGCUUACGUCUUUGACGCUUUGGUUUAUUACAUGAGAUCAUUGUCGGAGCCACUAACCACACGGGGUGAAACACAAAAAGAGGCGGCCUCUUACUCCUCUUGGAACGAUCAGGAUGAGAACGACAACGAAGAAGGCGACGAGGACAAUUUACCAGCGGCAAAUGCCAUGGAAACCGAUUCGGUGGAUUAUCCAGAUUUGUUGCAAGUUCCAGUCUGCGGUACACCAAACAGCACAGGUUCAACCGGCAAAGGACGAAAACAUCCGUUCUUGCAGAGAUCCGAUUCGACUCUUUGUCUCGGUUGUCCACCACUCGAUCCAUUCGACACAGUCAUGAGCGAAGCUCUACCACUUGCGGAUCAACCGCACUUGUUACAACCCCACUCGAGGCGCGAGGAUUUGUUCGGCGUGCCGAGACAACCGAUCGCCGGAUCGAGCUCCGGCGGAGCCAAUCAAAACCCAUUGGAAGGACUUCCAACGAGAUUGAGUCUUUCGGCUCGAAGUGCUGAUAACGCAGCCACUAUCGUUACACCCACUUUCAGUCAAGUUAUCCAGGGUCCUAGUGGCGGGAGUUCCUCGAAUUCGGAAAAUCGAUCGAGUUCGGUGUCUUCGGGAGAACAACCAGGAACCAGCAAAUAUGUGGAAAAACCAAAAUUAUUUAACCAAGGAACCGACAAUCAACCGCCAGUCGUGACGGAGCAAAUUGACAGAGCUCCCAUUAUUGUAUCACCCAGUAGCCAGAACGAACAGUCGGGAAACAAUAAGGGCAAAGAGAUUUGUAAGACUGGUAGGAGCGUUAUAGUCCGAGCGGGUACUGUGUCGGAAACAAAUACUAAUAAGGCGGGUGCACCGGAAGUACUGGUUGUACCAACCGUAGAGGCUCAAAGCGGCGCCGAAGAAGUAGAUCCGGCAGCAACUAGUCACGAGAUAUCGGCACACGAGACAGUAGAGACAAGUCCGGUGGAAUCAGCAAGAGCUGUAUCAUCGAUCGGAACGAAUAUAUCACAUAAUAUAUUGCUCGGACGUUGGAGACUGUCGCUCGAUCUGUUCGGACGAGUUUUUAUGGAAGACGUUGGUCUCGAAGCGGGCUCCGUAGUUUCGGAGCUCGGCGGGUUUCCCGUUAAAGAAUCGAAAUUUCGGCGGGAUAUGGAAAAGCUAAGAAACUCCCAGCAAAAGGAUAUUAGUCUGUUGAAGGUUGAUCGCGACAGAACACAAUUACUCGUACAAACCAUGAAAGAAUUGAAUACCCAAUACAAUCUUUAUAAUCUAAGAGCCUCGAAUACGCCACCCCUCGCUCUCAAUCGGAUUAAAGUUACUUUCAAAGACGAGCCCGGCGAGGGUUCGGGUGUCGUGCGAAGUUUUUACACAGCCAUUGCGGAGGCACUACUCGCGAAUGACAAACUGCCAAAUCUUGAAGCAGCACAGGUGAGAUCGAAGUAUUCGCAAUACAAUGGUUUGCAGAAAUUGAAGAGCAGAGAUCGUGAACUGCGACGACAGAAUUCUCGCUCAUCCGGAAAAUACAGAGAAGCUCGAAGGCUCUCGUUCGAAGCUCGUUCGUUUCAUCCAUCGAGCUCGAUCGAGGUAGCUAGCAGUUCCGGCACGGGCGGUAGUUCAUCGUCGAGCAGCCAUCCACUCCCGGUCGGCCACAUGAACAACGAUCAUUUGACGAGUCAUCAACAACAUUUCGGUGAUAGAUUAUAUCCAAAGGUGCACGCUCUACGGCCAACGGUGGCGGAGAAAAUCACAGGAAUGAUAUUGGAAUUGUCACCCUCGCAAAUAUUGACGCUGCUCGCUUCGGAGGAGGCUCUUCAGGAAAAAAUUGACGAAGCUUACGAGUUGAUACGGCGUCAUUGCCACGAUUUGGCGAACGAGGCGCUCCUCGAUCUCGACGUUUUCAGUCUCACCGAGCGAUGCGCUGCUAACAAAAAGAUUAUGGACAACAGCAUUUUGGAUGACACGGAGGAUAACGCACCGUUGUUUUAUUCUCCGGGUAAACGAGGUUUUUACACACCGCGACAGGGAAGGUGCAGCUACGAGCGACUUAACGCAUUCAGAAACGUUGGAAGGCUCAUAGGACUUUGCCUCUUGCAAAACGAAUUAUGUCCUAUAUUCCUCAACCGUCAUGUCAUCAAAUAUAUACUCGGAAGACCCAUACGCUUUCACGAUCUCGCUUUCUUCGAUUCCGUCAUUUAUGAGAGUUUGCGCCAACUCGUCGUAGAUGCGGAAACCAAGGACAGCAAUAGUUUGUUCUCUGCACUGGAUCUUACAUUCAGUAUUGACUUAUGUCCCGAGGAAGGAGGGGGCUCCAUCGAGCUCGUACCGAACGGUCGCGAGAUCGAGGUAAACGGUACCAACGUAUACGAUUACGUGAGGAAAUAUGCAGAGGUACGGAUGAUUAAAGUACAGGAAAAAGCCCUGGAGGCGAUGCGCGAGGGAGUUUUUGACGUUCUUCCCGAAGGGGCUCUUGACGGUUUGACCUCCGAAGAUCUGAGGCUUUUGUUGAAUGGUGUGGGCGACAUAAAUGUGUCGGUUUUAAUAUCUUACACAUCGUUUAACGACGAGUCUGGCGAAUCCACGGAGAGACUCUUCAAAUUUAAGCGGUGGCUAUGGUCGAUAGUGGAAAAAAUGUCCCACGUGGAACGUCAGGAUUUGGUCUACUUCUGGACGGGUUCACCGGCACUGCCAGCCAGCGAGGACGGGUUCCAACCGAUGCCAACAGUGACAAUUCGACCGGCCGACGAUGCUCAUCUACCAACCGCAAACACGUGCAUCUCUCGUCUAUACGUUCCACUGUACAGCUCGCGUAACGUGCUGCGUCAUAAGCUAUUACUCGCUAUAAAAACCAAGAACUUUGGAUUCGUAUGAAUUCCAAUAAUCACAACGCGGCGAUAUCUCGCGCCGAACGUUCACGCGCGCGCGCGCGAACUUUUGCCGAUUUAUUCUUAAUGGUAUAAGAAAACAAGAAACAAAACAAACAAAAUAAUAAAAAAAAACAGUUAUACGUUGUUAUUUUUCUUUCUUUUCCUAGAAAAAAUUUAUAACAUUUAUAAAUUUAUAAGGUGUAAUUAUGAAUUAUCAUUUCUCUCAUCAUGAAGUGGUCUUCAUUGUAAUAAGGAUUUAUGUUAAAGUGUCAUAUUUAGCCUUUAUAGUGACCCGAAUAAAACUUUGUCAAAAAUAAUAACGCGGUCACGGAUUGUGUGCUUUUCUUAUCACUUUCAUCCGUUUAGUUGUAAAGAGAAAACGAAAAGAAAACACAAAAUGAAUCUAAUUAUCGAAUGUGUAUCCGAGACGUUUUUUUUUUCCUAUUCAAUGUGCGGACGAGGUCUGGCUAUUUCGCAUCUAGAUAAUAAAGAACUAAAUGAUCGAAA